AUGCCUCUGACAGACAGCUAUCUAGAGCGGCCUCGAGGCAUCGCGGAGAUGUGGGGGCGCUAUCUGGAGAGCGGCGAGUACUCAGACUUCCUCGUCACUUGCGGCAGCCGAGACUUCCACGUGCACCGCCUGGUGAUCUGUCACAAGUCCAGCUAUUUCCGUAUGCUGUGCAAGGACAAUUUCAAGGAGGGCAUCACGCAGAAGCUGGAGCUGGUGGACGAGGACCCGGAUGUGUUUCAGGCCGUGUUGACCUUUUUGUACACGGGCAUCUACGAGACGGAUAAGAUUGCGGGGUCGGCAGAGCUUGAAAUCCCCCCGGAAGGAAGCUGUGGCUCCUCAGUCGACUCGGAAAAUGACGAGGAGAACCACCGCAAGGGUCGGCCCGCCACGACCGAAGACCUUGUCGCGCACAUCCAGCUCUACGCGAGCGGGGACAAGUUCGACAUCCGCGAUCUCAAAGACGUAUCCUCGAAGAUGUUCCGCAACCAACUGAUGCGCACACCCGUCGAGAACCUCGACGUGCCUCAAAUCAUCCAGGCCGUGUACACCUGCACGCCGCUCAACGACGCGUCCCUGCGCCCCGUGCUCAUCGACUACUGCGUGCAAAACCUCAGCACCCUGCUAACCCAGCCCGAAAUGGCCUCUGUGCUCGCCGACAUGGGCCAGUGCGCGUUCGAGCUGCUGCGCGCGUACAAGGACGAAGCCGACCUGCGUUCGCGCAAGGCAGUGGAAGACCAGCGCACGGCCGUGCUCGAGAUAAAAAAGGCCGAGUCGCAGCAGCUGCGCGAGUCGCUGGCCAAGCUGCAGAAACGCGAUACCCAUUUGAUGGAGAUCCUCGCGUCGCAUCAUAACUGCCGCAAUUGCGGAAAGGUGUUUGGCGGCGCGCCGCAGGUGUAUGGGCCGAUGAGUGAUAGGGUCAUGUUGCGGUGUAAGGCCUGUUAUACAAAACAUUCCUAG